UAAAAUAAAAUUAUUAAUUAUGCGACAAUCAAAACAUUUCAAAGGUGGAAAAUUUAAUACUGUUAUUCAUUGUGUGCCUCAUCAAAAUGCAUGGAUAGUUGAACGGAUGGGGCGUUUUCAUCGAAUUUUGGAACCCGGUGUGCAUUUUCUAAUUCCUUGUGUUGAUGAAAUUCGUUACCGUCAUUGUUUAAAAGAAAUGUGUAUUGAAAUUCCCCAACAAGAAGCUAUUACUAAAGAUAAUGUCCAGUUAGACCUUGAUGCUGUUUUGUAUGUUAGAGUUACUGAUCCUUAUAAAGCCUCUUAUGGUGUUCAAAAUCCGGAAUAUGCUAUAAGUCAAUUAGCUCAAACAGUAAUGAGAGCAGAAGUAGGCAAAUUAAUGCUAGACAAUGUUUUCCAUGAAAGGGCUAAUUUAAAUAUGACUGUUGUUGAAGGAAUAAAGGAAUCAGCAGCCCCGUGGGGUCUGAUUUGCCUUCGAUAUGAAAUACGUACAAUGACUAUGCCGCCUGAAAUACAGCGGGCAAUGAAAAUGCAAGUCGAAGCUGAACGAAAAAAGAGAGCAAUGAUUCUCGAAUCUGAAGGUAUUUGUGAAGCUGCAAAGAAUAAAGCAGAAGGGGAAAAGAGUGCACGUAUUCUUCAAUCUGAAGCUCAAAUGCAGGAACAAGUAAAUAAAUCUAUGGGGUUGGCUAAAGCUGCUGAAGCUGAGAAAAUACAGAAAAUAUUACAAUCUGAGGCUGAAAUGCAAUCUAAGGUAGAUUUAAAUACUUUACAAUUAUAA